AUGGAUAACGAUCGUAAUUUUAUAUUCAAGGAUUACACACUGGAGGAGUUUCAAAUGGAUAAGAGUGAAGAACUAGAGAAUGAUUCUAUAAGCGAAUUCAAACAAUUCAUUACCGGCUUACAGCAGAAGACAAUUUAUUUAGGUGCUGCUACUAGAUCUUUUGUGUUGGAGGUUUUCAAAGGAAAGUCACAGAAUGCUGAAUAUUGGUUACAAAAUUUUGAACUUGAAUGUGAUCGCCAUGGGAUUGUGUCGGAUGAAAAGAAGAUCGAAGUACUCCGAUUAUUUCUGGUAGAAAAUGGGAAUGAGUGGUUUUCAGGGACCCAUGUGAAAUUAUCUUCAGUUGGAACCUGGAUUGCCUACCGUGAGUCAUUUUUAGAAACUUUUACAGACAAGGGUUGGAUUAACGUCAGGAUGGCAUUUGGUUAUAAAUUUUUAUGGGGUUCCUUAUUAGACUAUGCAUUAAAGAAGGAAAAACUUCUUCUAGAAGUUGAUCCAGAAAUGUCUAUUAAGACUAGGAUUUAUUCUAUAGUAGUAGGAUUACCCAUUUAUGUUCAAGACAGAAUAGAUAAAGCGGAGAUAAAUACAACAGAGAAUUUAAUGAGUUACCUUCGAAAACUAGAGUCAUUAGUUAAUAGAAAACCCCAAAAAGUUACUGUUAAAAGUGUUCCUGCAAAUUCUAAUGUAAAUAGUGUAGAAAAAAAACCUUAUAUAAUAUAA